UUUUACUUAACAGAAUUACAAACGCGACUUCUGUUUGUUUGAGGGGAUUUCUUGUUUGUGGUGGAAUUAUUGUAAUUUACAGUGAAUGCUGAAUUGAUGCACUUAGAUGUCGUAAUGAUGAGUGUGUUAAUGAGAUUGGUGAGCAUGGUUUGCUGUGCUUUGUCUGUAAAAUGCUUACACAGUGAGCUCAAGUCCUGGUCCCCUGAUGAUUACAGCACAUUACACAGUAUGUUGCAGACAAGCAAUGGACUGCGCUUGGUCAUAACUGGGCAGACUGAUGUAUAUAAAGUAGAUGCUGUUAAUUUCCAACUGCUUUCGAAAUUAAACCAGAGUGGGAUCUCAAAUAUGAUACACAACAGAACAGCAACGGUUGAUUACGUCACCGUAUGUUCAAAUCAAAGUGAAUCCUGCUUGAUCGUAGAUCCCCUAGAUAAUUGUAAAGGAAACUUACGCGAGUUGAAGCCCCCAAUAAAAAUCGAUGGAGUUUCAGCAAUUAUGAUAACGAACACUAGAGGGGCCGAAGGAAAUCAAUAUGAGGAUUUUCUGUUUGUCGGAUGUCCCCAUGUUGAAGGUCAAGAAAAGCUUGGUGGUAGAUGCACAGAACCUGGUAUAUCGUGGUAUCUGAAUAGUGGAAAAAUUAAAAGCGAUCCAUGGUAUGGGUUUAAAUCGUACAAUGACACUCCAGUUCUGACGGAUAAGUACAUUGAUGCGUUUAGCGUGGACACGUAUAGUGUGUUUUUCAGUUUACAAAGAGUCGUAGCAACGGGAACGAAAAGAAGUCGAAUAGCCCAAGUGUGUCUAUACAUCGAUCAGAAAGAUGGAAAUGACUCAACACCAUACACGUAUGCUGAUAUGCCGAUUCAAUGUGGACAAUUAAAGGAAAUUAGGGCGGUGAAGAAAGUCGUUUUUAAGACGAAAACGGUUUUUGUGGCUGUGUUUUCUGAGUCUAGUAAAUCUGCUGUUUGUGUUUUUACAAUGGAAGACAUAGAAAAAAUGUUUGCUGAAAAUAUCAAAGACUGUUACAGGGGAAUUCGUGUACCUGAAAAUGAGGAUUAUGCCGACUUCCAGAAUUCCGAUGUCCCAUGUAGUCGCAAAAUUGCGGACAAUGACACCUUCAGAGAGCCAAACCAUUUCUUCUUGUGUAACACGGACAACCUGCCAUUAUAUCGUCAGGUUAUUGGGAAUAAGACCCUGUCCUCACAGCCUGUCGUUGAUUAUGAUGACGCUGAAAUAACAGCUGUUGCAGUGUCAGUUUUAGAGUCCACACUUAUUGCAACCUUGGGCACAGCAAAAGGAGACAUUUUAGAGGCAGUUAUAUAUCCGAGUUCUUCAGCUGUUAAAAUCAAGCAACCUAGAAUACAUAAUUUCGGCCGGGAUAUCCUACAUGACAUGCAUACUUCACCGGAUAACAAACACGUAUUUGUGCUUACUAGGAAACAGGUCUUUAAGUUGCCAGUACAUCAGUGUUCAAGUUAUUCAACGUGCCAUUAUUGCACACAAGGAGGAUAUUGUGAAUGGUGUGCUGGAAUAGGCAGUUGUCGCUACAGAGGAUUCUGCCAAAGAGAAUUUGACGUACUAGGCAUACAGUGCGGUAAAGUGAACAUAAGUUCAGCAGAAGUAUCAACGAGAGAUAUUCAACAGGUCAGAAUAACAUUUCCGGUACCAUUUCCAGUAUCGAUGUUUCUUCGUUUUGAUUGCCUUAUAACCUUGAUCAGUGAUGAUCGCAUGAGUUCCACCACUACAGUAAGGACAUCUUUAAUUGAUACACCAGAUUCCAAAUGGAAGAUAUAUGAUCGGUCUAUACAGGAAAUAGAAAAGAGAACAAAAGGAACCAUGAACGCAACUUUUGUUUGUGAGGACUUUUAUGGACAAUUCCUCAUCUACAAAUGUAAGACCAUUACCAGGUUAAGUCUUUGUACAAAAAGUAAUUGGAAGUGUAAAUGGUGUCAGUACAAUAGCCAGUCACACUGCAUUGAUAGUGACAAAAGCUGCAACACUAGUGGUGUUGAAGUAAAGGCAGGUGAAUGUCCCCGAGUCACAAACUAUACACUGAUCUCAGAUGACAGCAGGGUGCCAGACCAUAAUGGUACCGUGUACAUUUCUCGAGAUAGAGACUAUGAAAUUGAUAUCGCUGGCUUAAAUUUAAAAGACGCAGGGUUAGUGACUUACAAAUGCAAGCUCAUGUCUGAUACACAAACUUUGUGGUUUAACAGUACACAGUUCGACGAAGGUGGAGGCAUCACAUGUAAAAUUUACAAGGAUGAGAUGUUUACAAUAUCAAGACAUGUAGAUAGACUCAAAGCAGCCUUACAGGUAGUGUGGGGUGAUUCUCCUUUAGGUGAUACACUACCAAUUAUCAUUUAUGCCUGUGAAAAUCUUGUCCAGCCCUCCCAUAACUGCGAGCAGUGCAAAAGUCUUGCAAGUUACCAACCAUAUUUACAUUGCCAAUGGAAUGGGACUAGGUGCAUUGACAGCACAAUAACGUUAGAAACAACAGAAUGCGGAGACCCAGAAAUAACUAAGGUAUACCAACUAAAUACAUAUUCGAAUGACACUACGACAGUACUAAUAGAAGGCGUUAAUCUUGAUUCAGCAUACAUCGAUACAGUAAAUGGUGUUACUGUAGCUGGCGAACAAUGUAUUCCAAUAGAACCAGGACCAAAGAUAUGGUGUGAACUUUCGCCGAGAUCCAGUGUUAUAAAUGGUAGCAUGGUCAUCACUUUGAAAAACAAUUCAAAAGUGUGGAUACCUGAUCCUGACCGUCUACUUAUUCCAAUGGUUACUUCUAUAAAGCCGACUUCUGGACCGAUGUCUGGGGGAACAUCUGUAUCACUACAUGGCAAACAUUUGGAUAUUGGAAGAAACGCCACUGUUACAAUAGGAGACAACACAUGCAUUCUCACAAAGACAGUUGCACCAAAUAGCCUUAUUUGCAAGACUUUGGGUCUAAAUUCGUACAAAACAACUGCCGUUACAUCAGAAGCAGUGAUAAAAAUUGAUGGUGCGGAAGUUCUUGGAAAAUUGAAAUACACAUAUUUGGAAGAUCCGUUCAUCAAAGUGAUACACCCGAAGACAAGUUUUGCAAGUGGAGGAACCAUUGUGACUGUUGUUGGUAGCCAUUUGCACGCUAUCAAAACGCCAAAAUUAUAUUCUACUGUUACUGUAGUGGCAAGUGCGGUCGGAACAAGUACGCGCACAUAUAUAUCUGAGCUUCAGAACUGCACGAAGCCAAAUGAUGAUUCUGUUGAUUUACACUGUCCUACUCCUAGAUACCCUGGUGAGGGAGUAAUUACAAGAGGAGGUGUAUUCACAAGGUUAGGAUUUGAGAUGGAUGAUGUGCCUUCUGUUAGCGAUUACAAUCUUCCUAGUAACGUAGCGUAUCUUCGAUACUUUCCUGAUCCUAAGCUUAAACAUGUCAACGUUGUCAAAAGCUCGGGCACCAUGAGGCACCUUGUUAUUGAGGGUGAUGGUCUCGAUCUUGCAGCAGACAAAAGCGAUGUAAAAGUGUUGAUUGAUUGUGAGUCAUAUGAUGUAACUGAUGUGUCAAGUGGAAAAAUUGAAUUUGAUCUUCCGGUUGACAGACCCGUUUGCUCGAACAGAACAGAACUUACGUUAAAUAUUAGUGUACAGAUCGGUUAUUUCAGCCAAAUUAUAGGAUCAGUUACUUUCGAAAGUAAGGGGUCUGACUUGAACGAAACCACCAUGGCAAUCAGUGACACCACGUCUCAACAAAAAGUAACAACAGCGGUUCCAGACAGAAUCUCUCAACUAGAUGACUCCGGUAGCAUGAAAACAGUAGUGAUCAUUGCUCUUGUGGUACUGGUCGUAGCAAUUAUACUUUCCACAGGAAUAGGUAGUCUUUAUUUUUUUCGGAAGUACAGAGCUAUGCGUAAUCAGACACGUAACACUGUGGAGUUCAGGACAUUUCAGAAUGAGGAAUUGGACGAGAGAAGAGUUAUUAGAACUACUUCAACAGUAUCAUACGCGUACGCACGAGACACUUCAGGCGAAUACGAUUACAUUCGUGACGCCGAUGUAGUCAAUACAUACCUUGAGCUAAGCGGAGAAGAUCCGACAUACACGAAAGCAGAUGAGUAUGUAGAUCCACAUCCCUAUAGAAAACUCGACAGUGCAGUAGACCAAUCAGAAAUCAAAAACGACAUACCUGUAAAUGACGACUCUGAAAAUAAAAAGGAGAAAAACAUUCAAUCAGAAGUCAUGGGAACUCAAGAUGGAGUCAACGAGCUUGGCUGUGACCUGAAUGGCGGAAACAUGGAUGCGGCAUAUACACCACGAAAUGAAAAAGAAACAUCAGAUGAAUCCAUGUCUUCUGCAAAUAAUGACGGGAAUAUCGAGGAGUGCCCAACGAACAUUGAUGGCGGAUAUAUACAUGCUGUAUGGACCCAGGAAUUCGACACAGGAAAACGCGAAGAUAAACUCGAAAAUUCCAAUAUGGACAGCCCACUUGAAACAGUGGCUGCAAAUUUCAAAGGGGCAGCGGUGGAAACGACUCCCAAAGGGAUAGCCCCGGGACAAGAUGAUGGGAAUAUCGAUGAGUGCCUAACGAACAUUGAUGGAGGAUAUAUACAUGCUGUAUGGACCCAGGAAUUUGACACAGGAAAACGCGAAGACAUGUUUAUUGAACAAAAGGAUCUAGUAGAGAACGAAGAAUUUGCACAGGGGACAUGUCAGGAGAACAUUAUUACAACAUGCGGACAGGAUAUUGAGACAGAGGAACACGGAGGAAAAUUGGAGGAAAAGACAGCCGAAGAGAUCAUUCCAACAAGGGAUUGCAAAUAACCUGUAGACCGAAUGGCAACAGUGAAGUUCAACAACGUAUAGGGUUUGAAGAACUUGAAUCAAUCGCACGUCAAUCACAUACUGAUGGUAUGCUAGAUUUUCUUUAUGGAUUUUUAUUUCUUUAAAUGCGUAUUUCAAAAAUUGUACAAAGAUUGGACAUUAUGGCAUUGCAUCAUGUAUUAUUCGCAUUUGUCGCUAUAGUGUACAUAGGUAGCUCAUCUUUUACAUUUUAUAUAAAAAAAUAUAUAAAAUAUAAAAAAACUUUUAUGUAUAUUACAUAUUUUCUUAAGGUAUUGGACCCAUAAUGACAAUGAAAUUUCCGUUCGUUUACGUACCCCCCGUGUGCGAUUUCGACAUGUUUCGGAGAUAACAGAAACUUAUCUUUCAUAGCAAUUGGAGAAUACCGAAAAUGCAUACGGGGAUUUGUAGAUAAACGAAAAUUGAUUGUCAUUUGGGGAACCAUUUACUUAAUUAGAGAUGGUCAGUCAAAUGUUGAAUAUGAUGUUGAUUUGAAUGAAAAUAUUUAGUAGGAAGCAUGUUUGGAAUUCGCCGAGUGUUUCAGUAGUAAGAAACUUACAAGGAACAAAUUUAAAUUUUAUUUUUCUUUACGUCAGGGCCCAAUUGUUCGAAACUUAUACUGGCUGUUAAACUAAACACUUCUUUAAUUUUGAUUCAAAAUAUUAGGCAUGAUGGGAAUCACUAAUAUGAUGUUGUAGUUUAACUGUAAAGACAUUUUAGUUUCAUAAAUCUUAAAUUAUAAUAUGUUUUACUAAGUCUUCUUUAAUGUCGAAAUGUAACUCUAAAAGUCAAUCAACCGUUAGCUUAAUUGCCUGUUAAAGUUUUGAACAACUGGGCCCAGAUAGUUAUCAGAUGUAGAUUAAAUCUAAGAGAAACAUGUUUUGUUAUCCAAAUGAUUUACAAGGAAUGUCGAAAAGAUUGUAAAAACUGAUUAUGCUUUGGAAAAAUAAAAAUGACAUUAUUGCAAAAUUAUAUAGAUCUACCAUUUAAACCAUGUAAAAAUAUUCAGACAGCCAUGAUAGUGCAUUUUUAUAUCCUUUAUUAUUGCGAGAUUAUUAUAAUUUGAAUACUAGUUAUCUGUGUUGUAUAUGUGUUUAAGAUAUCGUUCAAGAUGAUUGAAAACUUAAUUGUAUAUAAAUAUGUGAAACUUGAUAAAUGUACACGCUUCUUUCCGUCUGCUUUCGCUUUUCAAGUUUUGUAUUGUCUCGCUUUCUUUUUCCUUUUAUCGUUUCAAAUAUAUGAUGUUUUAAUAAUAGUUCAGUAUAAGUUGCUGAUCACCAUAAAAUCAAUAAUUUGGCAUGCUUUCUUAUAUGCAAUACAUUUAAAAUUUUUAUAAUAAUUGAACUCAAAACAAAAAUAAGUACUUUUUCAGUGUAAUAAAAUACCUGCAUAAUUCAAACAACUUCUCAGUUUUGGAAGCAGAAGUAGUGAGCCUAGUACCAAACAUGCAUUUCUUUGGGUAGUUGAUAUACUCGUGGAGUAAUACCUCUCCUGUUUUUAAAACUUGCAUGUACCGAAAACUAUUUUGAGGUGUAAGUGCUAUCAGGCCUCUUGUUAGAUGUAGCAAGUUAUGAAAUAUAAGACACAUUUGUUCUACUGUACGAUGUUUAUAUACCUACAAUUAUAUUAUAUCAUUAUUGCUUGUAUAAUACAUAUUACUAUUUUACUAUUCUUCUUUGCAUUCAUCGAUAUACAGUUUUUACUCUCCUUAUUUGUUUUGUUAUGUCUCCCACCACACAGUGGUGUGGGAGACAUAUUGAUUUACUCCAGUCUGCGUGUGUGUGUGUGUGUGUGUGUGUGUGUGUGUGUGUGUGUGUCACAAAGCUUGUCCGCACUCUAAGUCGAACAUUUCUCAUCCGAUUUUCACCAAACUUAAAUAAAAUGUGUUUGACCAUAAGACCUCGGCCAAGUUCGAUAACUAACCAAAUCGGUCUAGGCGUAUUGGAGUUAUGGCCCUUGAAUUACCAAAAAUCGGCCUUUUUACUCUUGUCCGCACUCUAAGUCGAAUAUUUCUCAUCCGAUCUUCACCAAAAUUGAAAGAAAUGUGUUAGACCAUGAGACCUCGGCCAAGGUCAAUAACUAGCUAAAUCGGUCCUAUGAUUUUUGAGUUACGGCCCUUGAAUUACCGAAAAAUCCGCCUUUUUAUUCUUGUCCGCUCUCUAAGUCAAACAUUUCUCAUCCGAUCCUCACCAAACUUGAACAAAAUGUGUUUGGCCAUAAGACCUUAGCCAAGUUCGAUAACUAGCCAAAUCCGCCCAGGCACUUUUGAUUUAUGGCCCUUUAAUUACUGAUUGGAUCCACUCGUCCAGACCAUCGAAUUGGAUCCACUCGUCUAAACCAUCUAGAGAAACUAGACAUUUUUCAUAGGGGCAGAUGUGGGAGACAUGCGCUUUUCUCAAAAGCAUCUCUAGUUUUGUUUUGUUUUGUUGUUUCUUACAUUAUAUCUCAUAUUUGGAGUAUUAAUAAUUGUUUUGAAUAUGUCUGUUCCAAAUAUUUUCAGAUUCGAGCCGUUUAGGUAGUUUACCUCAAUUAGAGCUGGUAAUCUCGGAUAUCAAUUAGGUUUGGAUAAGUAAUACACUUUGCGCUGUUUUGUAAAUAUAUUUAGCAACGGCUCUGUAUAUGAAUUGGCUACCGUAGACCGAUGUUUUUUUUUUAUUAUCAUUAUAAUCUAAAAACUAUAAUCUGCAUUUGUUUUUAAAUUUAUGUUAUGUAUUGAUUUGUUUUAAGUAUGUGUUUUGAAUACUAUUACUUUCUUUCUAGUAUGAAAACUGUUAAAACGUUAUAUGAAGACCCUACACAAAGUUCCACAAUUUAUGAUAUGUAAAUAUAUCACGAAGAAUUGCCAAAAUUUAAAUUACAUUAUGGAAGUCUAAUGUAUUCAACUUUGUAGUAAUCUUAUGACAGAUUUUAAACUUUAUUUACCUUAAGUAUUUUUAUGAAAUAUUAAGCCAAUUUAGUCUCUUUUUAAAGAAUUAGGGGGCAUCACAGUGUUGUAGAAAUACUCAGCAAUAAUGCAUGCAAACUGCAGCAAGUCUCAUGUGUUGCGGUAAAACAAUCUAUAAACUGUAUCCUCAAGUUACACUUUUAUUUUUAAGAAGGCGUUCAGUUAUAGCAUUGUAAAUUAUUUAUAGUACAUGUAUGUUAUAAAAAAAUAUUCCGAACUGAUAUACUGAAAACUGUUUUCUGCGAAAUGAGACAGAUUUUUUUAAUAUCUCGGUAAGUUUUCUGAAAUUGGGUUACUACUACAUUACGUUCAACUUUUGAUAUAUAAUCAUUAAUUUAUUAAAUUGUUUUAAACACACUCAUAAAUUCUGUAUCUGGCCGUAAAAUUUUGAAAAAGUGGAAAAAUACAUGUACACUACAAAAACCUGAAAACUAUUUGAAUCCGCUAUAACGCUAUAAAUGUUUUUGGCUAUGUAGUAAUUAUCUACUCAAUAACAUAGCUUGGAAUUCUUCCGGGGUUUUCUUUAUUUGUUGUUUAUAGAAAUAUAUUGUACUUUUCAAAUACAUGUAUAUAUUAUGUAUUAUUAAUGUUACUUUUACUGUGUAACAAAAUAUUUAAAAAAAAUAUUAUUGCAUGAACAUUGUUUAAGCAUAUUUUACAGAAUUAUGAAUUUGUUAGUAUUUGAAUGUUUGUAAAUACAAGUUUGUAUUAAUUGGUAUGUUUUUAAAAGAUACAGAAUGUGCUCACCAUGACUAUAAACGUAACUGACCAGUCGCCAAACGUCCGAUCGCAUCGCCUCUUAGAUCACGUGGUCUGGAAAUGCGAAACCUUCGACAAACAAGCUUCAAAAUGACGGAUACGAUAAUGCUGAAAUGAUGUCCCUUACGAUGUUGGCUAAUAUUUCUUUCAUUACAGAAAAUCACUAUAGCUAAUAAGUUUGCUAAUCAGUCAUUAUCAAUUCUUUCAGGAAGGUCUAAUAUGCAUUCUUUGGAAUGUUUUCGGGAUGGAAAUAACACUAUUUCCGGGUAUUUGACUUUCAAAGUUGGUAAAUCGAAAGUCAAAUGUUUUGCUAAGACUCCGCGUUGAGUUGUAGUUUUCUUCACUCUCAUAUGUUUCUCAAAUUCUAAAAUGUAUAUUGUAUUUUCGUAUAUCUCUCAAAUUCUUAUCUGAACUUCUAUACUGUAUUUUCAUAUGUCCUCAAAUUCUACUUCAUUUCAACUAUUUCAACUACAUAACGUUUCCAAAUAUAACCCGCUCAAAGAAAAUACUAUAAAAGUGUUGCAUAUUUAACGCAAUAUGAACGUAUUGAACAAAUCUACGUCCUGAUUAAUAUACUUUCUGUCACAUUAUUAACAUUUCUUCUAAAUUCUUGAUAUCAUUUAUUUAUUCAUUCAACUUUACUUGACAUGUGUUAAUUUAUUUCGGGUAUACAAACGACUUCUCAUUUGUGGCUAUUAAACUGAAAUUUAAGGAGUUUCAUAAAUACUUAUUUUUAAUGAACUUGCUAAGUUUUAUUUAUAGGGGGUAGGUAUGGGCACCCGAACAAUCACUGGUAUUCCAGCGGGAUUCACAUGAGUCCGAGGCUGUGCCCAGUUUAGGGAUUAUUGUACGAUUUCAUUAUGAAGCUUUUAUGAUCUUUUUAAAUUCUUCAAAAUUUCAAACCUUCACCUGAGUGGUAUUUAUUAUAUCAAUAACAGUUUUUUAAAUUUCUAAAAGCUUAUGCCUUGUAUACGUAGAGCAGUACUUAAAGAUUUUUCGAGAAAAAAAUGAAACACUAAAUUUCUGACGAAAAAAGGGUUGCCGACCCAAUCAGUUCUUUUUAUUUGGUCAUAUAACGCUACUGAUUGAACAUACUUGUUCAUUCACAAAAUAAGUACCUUAAUUCAUUUGGAGUUCAAUAAUUAUAUGUUACAGCUUUGUUAAAUUAUUACAUGUAAUUUGUAAAUAUUCGCACUUAUUUAUUUUUGUCUUCGCCAAAUAGCGGUUACUUUUAAAUUUGAUGUAAGUUUUAAGGUCUCGAGUUUAUAUUUAACUUAGCCGACAUAAGUGCUUUUUAUUGUAAAAAUGCCAAGUUUGCAUUUUGCAUCACUGGAGACUUCGUUUUGGUAAAGGGAAAGAAAUAACUUGCAAAACUCUAACUUCACUUCAACAGUUAAGCAAUAAAACAGAGUUUUAACUAAGACAGAUGCUUACUUAUCUAAUAACCUCGACAACCAGCUUGUCGAAGGAAAAUGGCGGCGAUAAGUGGUACACACGUGUGUGUUAAAUAUCGUUAUCUGAUUGGAUCAUAGAUAAGUCUGAUUGACAGGCGGCGACUGGUCAAUUGUAUAUACAUUGAACACAAGUUUUAACUAGCCAUCUCUUGUACAAAUAUUGUUCUAAAAGUUGUUAACAUCUGUCGAAUAUGUCUAUCUGCGGAAUUUUGAAUCAGUUAAAUUAUAAUUACACGUAUGUUAAACUGGCUUAAUCAAACCGAGUCAUUUAUGUCGUGUUUGGCGACCUGUAUUUUUUCACUUUUUUGCCCCUAUAUUUAUGUUGGAGGCAUAUAACGUUGCUGCUGUCCGUCCGUACGUCCGUAUGUCUGUAUAUCCCGAAAGCUUGUGUGUUUAUUUUUUCCCACACUAUCAUCCUGAUUUGCUUCAAACUUUCAUAGACAAACAAGCUUGAUGUGAAAAUGAACAUAACGGAAGCAUUUUUUUGUGACUAUCUUUACCAAAGUUAUGGCCCUUUGAUACUUUUGCCAUAGAGAAUAUAGAAAAAAAUCUUGUGUGUCCAACUCCUGCCACACUAUCAGCCUGAUUUGCUUCAGACUUUCACAGAUAAACAAGCUUGAUGUUCAGACGACCAUAAUGGAAGGAACGUUUGCUUGAAAGUUCCACAUAUGAAAGACUUUAAUGUGAAGAAGACAAUAGAUAAUGGCUUUUUUCUGUUGCUAUUUGUUACUAGAAAUAGGGGCCUUUCUUUCUUUCAUAAAAUAGGCCAGGUGUGUUCAGCGUAUUGUUAACGUUUUGAAGGAAUGGAUUCAAAGUUGCUCAGAUGCACAAAUUUAUCUGAAUACAAUUUGCUUUAAACUUUAAGUCGAACAAUCUUUACUAAAAUCUUUUCUAUUUAGAGGAUGGCACUGUAUGUGGUGGCAUCCGUGUCCAAUGGACACAAUUCUAGUUUUAUAUUAUAUUAUAUUAUAUUAUAUUAUAUUAUAUUAUAUUAUACACUGGAAACAAUUCUUUGUAGAAGCUUUGUCCGAACAUAACAUAAUUAGGAAUGCACGUAUCUGUGUCAAACAUAGGAUCUUUUGUUUUGUUUGUUUUGGGUUUAACGCCGUUUUUCAACAGUAUUUCAGUCAUGUAACGGCGAGCAGUUAACCUAACCAGUGUUUCUAGAUUCUGUACCAGUACAAACCUGUUCUCCGCAAGUAACUGCCAACUUCCCCACAUGAAUCAGAGGUGGAGGACGAAUGAUUUCAGACACAAUGUCUUUUAUCAAAUCGUCACGGAGAACAUACGCCCCGCGAUCCUUAGACCGACGCUCUACUUAUUGAGCUAAGCGGGCGGGUCAAUCAUAGGAUCUAUGAUUGAUUUAGAAAAAAUCUAAUUAUGACACUUGAUAUAUGAUAUACAGUUUUCAGAAGAGUUGUAAGUUGUAAAGAAAUGGGACUCAUUUUUGUGUCUUAUAUAUACUACUCCUUUAUUCAUUUUAUAAGAUAUGAUGUUGCAAUUAUGUGAAUUAUUACCUUAAAGACGGCGUUUUUUUUUAUUUUCUUUCAUUUUGUGUAAUUUUAUCCUUCAUUAAAAUAUGUUAGAUUUUUCAAUCGUAUUUAAUAUUACGUUUCACUUAAUGGAAUAUUUGUGAUGUUAGACAAAAUUGCAAAAUCUUAAGCAAUUAUAAUUAGAAAUGUGUAAGUUUACCGACUUGACAUGGCUUUCAUCUAAUUAAUGAUACUAUUGAAAUUGAAAGUUAUUAUAUUUUUGUUAUAGCUUUUUUUAAAUGUGGAUUUGUCACAAAUUUUCAAAAUCAGAAAACAAAUGUUCAAAAUAACGAGCUGGAAAGCCCAGGUUAAACCAAUACUAUCUAGCAUAGAAAACGUUAGGUAAAAGUAUUUAGUAUUUUGUUUCGACACGUUUGCUACUGAGCUAACAUUGUUUUCAAUAAGUCAGAAUGUCAAUAAAGGUAACAUAUGUUUUUGAUAAACAAUAAAAAACUACUGUACAUGUCAAAAUUUUGAGACUUAGAUCUUUAAAUUUAAAUGAAGUAUAAACAUAAAAAUUUCUCAUAGAAAUAUUCUGUAACUAUGUUUUUCUUGUUAACUACGCAUUGUUAAAUAUUGUACGCUGAAACUACUAUAUAUAUUACGUUCAACCUUUGAUAUAUAAUCUUUGUUUUAUUAAAUUGUUUUAAACAAACUCAUAAAUUCUGUACCUAUUAAUCUGACCGUAAUAUUUGGAAAAAGUGGAGAAAUACAUGUACAAUACAAAAAAAAAAAAAAGAAAACUAUUUGGAUUCGGGGUUUUCUUUAUUUGUUGUUUGUAAAAUUUGUACUGAAAUAUUCAAAAACAUGUAUAUAUUAUGUAUUAAUAUUGUUACUUUUACUGUGUAAAACAUUUAGAAAAUUAUUAUUGCAUGAACAUUAUUUAAGCAUAUUUAACAGAAUUAUGAAUUUGUUAUUUGAAUGUUUGUAAAUUCAAGUUUGUAUUAAUUGGUAUAUUUUUAAAGAUACAGAAUGUGCUCAACAUGACUGAAAACGUUAUUGUAUAUGCAUUGCACAAAAGUUCUAACUGGUCACCUGUUGUACAGAUAUUGUUCUAAAAGUUGUUCACAUCCGUCAUACAAAUAAUUUUGUUGUAUAACUUUCAGAUACUUGAAAGUAGAAAUCUAUUCUAAUCAACAGUUGAAUUUUACAGCAGAUCAACAACAACAAAACGAACCUUAAAAUACAUCAAUAUCUGGUAUUGCCUUUUUAGGAAGCAAUUACAGCCCACGAACAAACUCGCUUUGUUGUAAUAUAAUAUUGGAAAUACCGUUGAUGGUUGGUUUUCUAUGCAAGCGUUGCAAUCGCAACAGGACCUUGAAUAUUUUGCUGCUAUUGUAAAACUGUUACUUGUGCCACACGUUUCAGGAUAAGGUCUGGUCCUUUUGCAGACCAUAUCAUAACUCAAUGUGCAGUUAUAUUGUGUUAGGGUGAUCUUGCUGUUGUUUGUGUGCAUUAUCCUUAGCUCAACUCAUUUCAUUGAUGAUUCUUUGAUAAGGACAAAAGGGCAUGAAACAUGCGAUAAUCUGCUUCUGCAUAGUAUCCGCCACGUCAAUAUUUACGGGAUAAAAUAAGUUUCCAACAAAAAGAAGUCAACGACAAUGUCAUUUUUUUAAAUCUGAGUUUAAAAACAAUGCAUUUUACUACAUCAGUUCUUUGUACAUGGAAAUCUUCCUCCAUACAAUAACGGAGCUGCAAUCAAACAUGUCUGCUCCAAGAACGCAUCUGGUUCUGUAACGCUCAUCAAGGCGUCGAUGGAUGUGUGUACAAAGCCCUUUUUAACGCACAUUUUGGUGCUUCGGUAUUGUGGGCAUACCUCGGGAAGUCCUCCCCACACACCACAGUUCUACCAUGGUUCACUUGCGUAAUCUCUGACACAUGUCGUCAAUAUCUACAGGUUCCAGCCAGUCAGACUUGCUCCGGAACAAACCUUUGCAAAAGUCCUUAAACUCUCAAAAUCAUCAUAGAAAAGCGUAGCUUCACUCAUUCAUUUCAAAAUCACCACCGAAAACCUUUUUUAUUUUCUUUUUUUUUAAUUCUAUUUUCUUAAAAUCUGAUUAAACAGAAAAUCGCUAUUGAUCGCAGUCAUUUUGUGACGUCGUUAUGCAUUGUUAGCAAGCAUUUGACUUGAUUUUCAACUCGGCUGGUCAACUGAAACUACUUCCCGACCCAGAUGUGACAUAUCUCAUAUCUUCGUAUCUGAUAAUACGCACGACUUUCAUGGACUGAUUUUUUUAAAAAAGACUCUCUGUUUCGAUCGAGCGCGUUCAACAAAAGACAUUUUGUUUUAUGUAUGGUGAUCUAUCAAAAGCAAAGAAUAAAUUUAUUUUACGACAAAUGAUAUGCUUGACUUUCAUGGACUUCACGAUUUUUUAGUCAUCAUCAUUAUCUUUAAUAAAAAAAAUGGUGACCAAUUAGAAAUUAUUUUGAAUGUUGUGUGAUUAUGUUAACCUUAGGAUCGUUCUGAUUUUGUGCUGUCCGUCAGUCUAUCUGUCUGUCACAAGUUUGUCCACGCAACUCCUCCGACAACUCUAGGCGGAUUUACAUCAAACGUCACAGAAGUUAUCAUUGGCAAACCUACCUGUGCAUAUCGUUUGCAUGUUGUGGUUCAGUGAUUUUCAAUGAUCCUUGAUUCCAAUUUUAUAAUGUUUUGGUAGCUUCUCUUAUAGUUUUAGACAGAAUUCUACUAAACCUUACGGGAGUGAUUAUUCCUAAGCCUAAUUGUGCAUAAUUCCGGCAUAUUCCGGUUCAAUGAUUUUCAGUGCAAUUAUGACUCUUGAGUUGUCGUUUGUUGCCUUUUCUACGCACCUUUCCUGAGACCAAAGGGAGGAAUUACACAAAACUUCAUAAAAGUGAUCAUUGCCAAAUCUUGUUGUUCCAGUUCAAUGACGUUAGGUAGAGUUAUGGCGCUUGGUUCGUCCAGUGUUAUCAUGUUUUAGCCACUUCUCAUAUAAUGUUAUAAUGGGUGGAUUUCAUCCAAAUCUUACAGGAGUAAUCAGUGCUAGACUUAUUGUGUAUGUUGUUGGCAUGUUUCGGUUCAGUGAUUUUCAGCGGAGUUAUUGCCCUUUUUUGUCAAAUUUUAUGUAACAUAUUAUGGCAACUUCUCUUACACAGUUGGGCAGAUUUCAAACAAAGCUUACAGAAGUUGUUAGGUCCAAUCUUUGUUAUGCAUAUCAUCAGUAUGCCCUUAUCAUGGUUCAGUGAUUUUCUCUAAAGUUAUGGUUCUUGAUUUGUGGCGUUUUAUGACGUCUGCGUACUAAGUUGUUAAAGACAUACGAUUUUCGUAAAAAAACAAUCUCUGCAAACUAAUAAGUCUUUUUUAAAAUGAAAUUGUGGCCAACCAACUCAAAUAAAUUAUCUUCUUUUAGCUUAUUUAAGCCCAAAAUGACCAUGUGCAAGCUGUAAGCGUCCUUUGUAUGUCCAAUAGUUUUAUUUGCAACAAUUUAAUACAUUGGGGACAGCAUUUUCUUGAUCAUUCUUUGAGGAGGAAUAACUUUUGAAAAGCAGAUAUUUUUUUACAGAUUGCUCUUUUCAAACGAACUCAAAAGAAGACAGUCCUAGUCUUAGUGUUUUGAUACACUUAAAUGGCGAACAUAUCUAUCUGUGAUAUUUUGAAAACGUUUUAUAUUACUGUUACAGAGAUAUUCAUGCUUUACGUAACAUUUGAAGGUAUGAAUGUGAUUAAUUAAUCUAAUAAUUUUACGUGUUAUCAUUAUCUUUCAAAAUUUCUGGAAAUUUAGGACUAUUUUCAUUUAACGUACUACUUAACUUUGGAAAUCACGACAAGUUAACAACUAGUACACUAUCAGUAAAAGUUACUUAUGUUAAACAGGCUCAAUCAAACCGAGCCUGUAACAUUUUUAUUUAUGUCGUGUUGGGCGACCUGUAUCUUUUCAUCUUUUUACUUUUUUUACCCCCAUAUUUAUGUGGGAGGCAUAUAGCUUUGCUGCUGUCCGAAGAAUGUCCAACUCCUCAAACAAUAUUGAAAACAUGUGCUUGAAAGUUUCACAUAUAAAGGGCAUUUAUGUAAAGAUGAUCAUAUAAAUGGAUAUUUUUCUGUUGCUAUUUGUUUCUAGAAUAAUGGCCCUUUCUACCUUUCACAAAAUAUGCCAUAUUAAAGAAAUUUGGUGUGUUCAACUCCUUGUUAACGAUUUGAAGGAAUAGAUUAAAAGUUUUUCAGAUGCACAACCUUAUCUGAAUACAAUUUUUUCAAACUUUGAGUCGAACACUCUUCAUGUGAAGAUAGUCUGUACUAAACACUUUGCUAUUUAGAGGAUGGCACAAUAUGUGGUUGCAUCCGUGUCCAUUGGACACAUUUCUAGUUAUGUAUUAUAUUAUAUUAUGUUAUAUUAUAUUUUAUUUUUUAUAUUAUACACUGGAAACACAAAUUCUUUGUGGAAAUUUUGUCCGAAUAUAACAUAAUUAGGAAUGCACGUAUCUGCGUCAAUCAUAGGAUCAAUUAAUAAUUUAGAAAAAAACUAAUCAUAACACUUGUUACAUGGUAAACUGUUUUCACGAGUGUUGUAAGGAAAUAGAUCUCCUUUUUCUGUCUUAAAUAUACUUCUCCUUUUCCGUUAUUCAGUUAUAAGAUAUGCUAUUGCUAUUAUGUGAAUUAUUAUCUGAAAGACGGUGUAUUUUUGAUUUUCUUUUAUUUGUAUAAUUUUAUCCUUCAUUAAAAUGUGUUAGAUUUUUCAAUCGUAUGUAAUAUUACGUUUAUGAAUUAUUUGUGAUCUUAGACAAAAUUGCAAAAACAUAAGUAAUGAUAAUUAGAACUGUGUACAUUUACCAAAAAUAGCAUUUAUUUAAUUAAUGAUACUAUUGAUAUUGUAAGUUAUUUGAUAUUUUGUUAUAGCUUUUUAGCUCACCUGAGCACAAAGUGCUCAAGGUGAGCUAUUGUGACCUGUUAUAGUCCGGCGCCCGUCAUCAUGAUUCGUGCGUCGUCCUUCGUCCGUCAACAUUUGCUUUUUUACACUCUAUAGGCCACAGUUUGACACAAUCUUUAUGAAAUUAUGUCAGAAUGUCAGUCUUGAUGAUCUUUAGAUCAAGUUUACACUGGUUCAUAUUGGGUCAAAGAUAGGUCAGUUGGCCAGAUCAAUAGAAAAUAUUGUUAACACUCUAGAGUCCCCAGUUUAAGUUUGAAACUCAUGAGAAUCGGUCAGAAUAUUUGCCUUGAUGACUUCUAGGUUAAGUUUAAAUCUGGGUUAUAUGGGGUCAAAAACAAGGUCAACUGGUCAAAUCAAAGGAAAAGCUUGUUAACACCCUAGAGGCCACAUUUCUGAUUCUCUCCUUUUGAAACUUGGCCAGAAAGUCUAUCUUGAUGAUAUUUAGGCCAAGUUUAAAAAUGGAAAAACUAGGUCACCCUGUCAGAUCAAAUGAAUAGCUUUUUAACAACCUAGAGGCCACAUUGAUGAUUCUAUCUUCAUGAAACUUAGUCAGAAUGUUUAUCUUGAUGAUCUUGAAGUAAAGUUUGAAAAUGGGUCAUGUUGGAUCAAAAUCUAGGUCACAAGGCCAGAUCAAAGGCAAAUCUUGUUACUUGUUGCUCUAGAGACCACAUUUUCAGUUUUAAACCCAUGAGAAUUGGUCAGAAUGUUUAUCUUGAUAACUUCUAGGUCAUGUUUGAAUCUGGGUCAUAUUGAGUCAAAAACUAGGUUAUCCGAUGAUCUUUAACUCAAAUUGAAAAUGGGUCAUAUGGGAUCAAAAACUAGGUCACAAGUCCAGAUCAAAGGAAAAUCUUGUUAAUACUCUAGAGACCACAUUUUUAGUUAUGGGUCAUCUGGGGUCUUAAACUAGGUCACCAGGUCAAAUCAAAGAAAAACAUCGAGUAUGCAAUAGGUGCUUCAUUUUUCACUGCACAUUCGUGAAGUUUGAACAGAUUGCUUAUCUUGAAAGAAUCUAGACCAAGUUUGAAUAUAGAUCAUUUCAAAAACUGGGUCACUCUGUCUAAUCAAAGAAAAAAUGUGUGUGUGCAAUAAGAGCUACAUUUUUCAUCUGACGUUUAUAGAACUUGGUCAGACUGUUUGUCUCCAUGAAAUCUUGGAUAACGUUUAUCUUGGUCACGUGGAAUCAAAAACUAUGUCACCAAGUCAAAUCAAAGUAAAAGCUUGUUUACACUUUAGGGACAACAUUUUGAGUCAAUCUUUAUAAAACGUGGUCAGAAUGUUUGUUAUCACAAAGUCUUGGACGAUAUCGAAUCUGGGUCACCUGAGUAAAAAAUCCAGGUCACUAGGUCAAAUCAAGGAAAAGCUUGUUUACAUUCCAGAGGCCACUUUUUGCUGUAAUCUUAAUGAAAAUUGGUCAGAAUACUAGUAUGUGUCUCCAUGAAAUCUCAGAAAAAAAUGGGUCAGAAUAUGUGUCAAAAACUAGGUCACUAGGCCAGAUUGAAGAAAUAUCUUGUUGACACUCUAGAUGCCACAUUUGUAUUCCAAUCUUAAUGAAACUUAUUCAGAAUGUUUAUCUUUUUAAAAAAUUCAAACGAGUUUGAAACUGAGUCAUGUGGUUUUAAAAAUUGAGUCACUAGUUCAAACAUGUUUACACUGUUAUGGCGUAAUAUUCAUUUGAGCGACCUAUGGUCAUCUUUGCCCUCUUGUUCAGUAUGUGGAUUUAUCACAAAUUACAAAAGCAGAGCAAAUGUUCAAAAUUAGGAAGCAACUGGAUAGCCCAUGUUAAACCGAUACUACCUAGCAUAGAAAAGGUUAGGUAAAAGUAUUUAGUAUUUUGUUAUGAAAAUUUUGGAGAACAUUGUUUUCAAUGACGAAUAAGGCAGAAUGUCAAUAAAGGUAAAAUAUUUUCUUGAUAAACAAUAAAAACUAUUGUACAUGUCAAAAUUUUAAGACUUAGAUCUUUCGAUUUAAAUAAAGUACAAACAUAAGAAUUUCUCAUAAAAGUGUUUAUACCAGUGUAGGAUAUGUUGGGUUAGUAUUGACAGAUUCUUAUGUCGACAUGUUGACAGAAGGCCACAUGAAGACAAUUUGAUAGGUCAAAAUGUUGACAGUUUAAAAAUGGGAAUAUUUGAGAUAAUUUUGCGUGGAAGACAAAUCUCCAUACAAAAUAUUAAAUGAUGUUUCUAGUAAUUUUGAAAGGCUGCUUACACACCUUAUUAACGGCGCCAGUGAAAAUAACAAUUAAGGGUCAGAAAUUGAUUUGGUUUUGACCAUGUUAUUAUGGCACAAAGACAAUUUAACUUCACAAACCAGCUAUCCAUUGUCUAGUCACAUAAAGAGGUAUUUUGUACUCGACUUUUCAAUUACUAGUAUGAAAAUAUUUCUGCCGAGUUUAAUUUCACAGUUUGGAUCCAGUUAGUAAAAACGUUUGUCUUAACUUCAAAAUCUCUAUACAUUUUGUAGUUUGAAUUAAUUUAAUAAUUUAACGUUUAACAUGAACACAUUAAUUCCACCAUAAUACGUGCUAAAGGUGAGCUAUUGUCCGUCGUCUUUGCGUUGCCCGUCCGUCAGUGCAAUUAAAACAAAUGGCAUUUCCUCUGAAAGAGAAAGUUUAUCAAUCUAAGUCUGUUUUUUCUUUCGGUGGUCCUCUUCCAAAUUUAUUAAGACGCUUCCGCUUAGUGGCACACAGGGAUAACCGCCUUAGCUUAAAGUAGUAAUAUCUUCAACCGACACUUUACACAAAAUUUGUUCAAAUUAUUCAAAUUCGUCAAAAACAUAUGUCCUCCAGGGGUUUGUUUACUUUCCCUACUUGAAUAUUGUAGGAAAUUUAAUAGUCUUCAAAUACUGCUGACCAAUUUUGAAAUAAUUACAUAGAAUAGUUUGAUGGCUGACACUCUACCAAAUUAUUCUGAUUUGUUAAUAAAUAUGGCCGUCAGAGGAUGUGGUCACUUUUGUAGGGGUAUAGUGGCAUAUUUUAAAUCUUGCUAGGAAAUGUGGCCUGAAGUCAAAACGAUUUUACACAAAUUUUCUACGGGUAACCCUGCAGUUUGUUAAAUUUAUGCAAAUACUGAUUUGUGAAAAACAUGGCCGUCAGAGCUAAACAUAAAAUGUCGUCAAACGACAUCUCUUGCUCCACUGAUGGUUCGAUUUUAAAAUAAUUUUACAGUAAUGUUUCUUCGCUGGCCCUCAAUCACGAUUGUUCAAAUUACUCUGAUAUAUAAAAAUCCAUGGCUACCAGGGGUGGGGGGGGGGGGGGGGGGGUGGCAUUGCAAUUUUUACCAUAUAUGUAUAUAGUGGAAACUUUGAAAAUCUUCUUGGCAGAAACUGCUUGCCCGAUAGGAAAAUAAUUUUACGGAAAUUUUUUCUUGGUAACCCUCUAUUAACAAAGUCCCGAAUAUUUGAUUCGUCAAAAACACGACUACAAUAGAUAAGACAUCUCCUUCUAAACUGGUGGUCUGAUUAUUAAAUAAUAUCACAGAAAUGUUCCUUAGGGGACUCUCUAUAAAUAUUAUUCAGUCAGAAUUGUUAAAUCCAAUUAUUCCGAUUCGUCAAAAAUUAUGUCUAAAAACACAUUACAAGAACUAUAAAUAAAACAAUCUGCAAUGUUCGCUCCGAUUUUGAAAUAAUUUCACAGAAUUUUUUCUGGGGUGACCAUCUGCCAAGAAUAUUCAAUUUUCCGAGAACAUGACUGCUAAAGCUGAAAAUAGACAAAUCUUCAAACGCCAGUUUCUCCUAAACCACUUGUCCGAUUUUGAAGUAACAGAUAUGUUCCUAGAAUAACCCUCAGCUUAAACUGUUAAGAACAUUUUUAUUCGUAAAACUUUUCCAAGUUAAUACUAGUGCAGGCACUAAGGUGUUGUAACGGCUAUAAAAAGUCGAUAGUUUUGAUUUGGCAACGUCUCUGUGUGGCCUUUAAAUUUAAGAAGAAAAGAAUUAUUUUAGACAUUUUUUAAGAACCUAUGUCUUUUCUAACAAAUGUUUGUUGCAAAAUUAAUUACUAAAAUGGAUAUCACACUUUUGCGAAGAUAUUAUCAUAGGUAACAAUUAUUUACAGAUCAUAAAUAGCUAUACACAGUUAUACUAAUUCCCAGGGCUUUUGUGACCUUGAAUGUGGAGCAUACAAAAAAACGAUUGUUUACAUAAGUAAAGUAGAGAUGUACCUACCCAAGAAAAUGUAAGGGGAACAACCCUGAAUUGACCAAUAACCUGAAGCCAACAUGAAACAUUAGUCAAAAAUGAAAGAAAAAUCAAAUAGGUCCUUUUACCAACAAUUGAUCAGGCAGACAAACUAUGACCUACAUUUUUUAAAAUCCCUUUAUAUUCAAUAUACAACAUGCACACUUUUCUCAUGGCUUAAACUGACAGUUAUUUUAUAAGUGUUGUAGUAAGGCCCUGAUAGAAAGUUUAGUAGUGCAUGAAAAAAAGUAAAAUAAUGCAUAACUUCCAUUAAAGAAAUUUUAAGACAUUAAGAAACGUUAUUAGGAUUUGAUCUUUCAGCCAAAGUUAUUUAUUGUUCUCAAUGAUGAUACAUUGGUUUACAAAAAAUUUAUAUAUUAAAAUGAAAAAAUGUACAUGUAUAUAUCCAGCAAUGAGAAAUUUAAAAAAAGUUAAAUUGGUAUCACGUUUGUGUAACAACGUAGCUAGACUGGUUAUAUUCAUCAUUUUGGAAGUGUUUCUUAUACUUUAGUCAUUUUGAAGCAUUUCGCUUAUUUUUCAAGAGUACUUUGCUGCAAAUAAUGUAACACAAAAAGUCAUUAUCAUCAAAUGAAAUAACAACAUUUUAAGGUAGUGGUUGUUAUUACAACAUGACUCUCUGCAAUGUAUUUUAAGCAAUUCAACAUUCUCUGGAUGGAACUAUCACGAUCAUUGCUUUCCAUGAAAAACGAAUAAAUACUGAAAAAGCAUAGAGAAAUUACUUUAUUUGAUGAUUUUCAUUACAAGUCAACUACCUAAACAAAUUAUAAGGUGUUUUAUUUAUUGUUUUUAACAAAGUAAGCGGGUAACUUCAGAUAUCAACAUUAAUUUACAACUUAACUUAAACUGUUUACACAACUUGAAGAAAGAUUUUUGUUGGGGCGUCUCAUUUACAAUUAUAUCAACAAUUAUCACCUGAAUUGAGUGCAUUCAAGAGUGGAUAAUAUUGAUGGUAAAAUGGUGUAGGAGGUGUUUGUUUACAUUAUAAAAUCUUUAAUAACUUCUUUCAGGUAAAUUUUUGGUAUGGAUUUGGUAAACUUAUAAUAAAGAGCAUGUCAUUCUCUUUCACUCAGAUUUUUUUCAUGAGUUUUAGACUCUUGGGUAGUCUUGGAUUUUGACUUUAUUAAAAGACAAUAGGAAGUUCAGUAUAGGCUCUUUCAAAGUGUUGAAAGUAGACGAAACUUACACCAUACUCUAUUGAAUUUCUUUAGCUGUGGAGACUUUUGAUAUAGACUAUAACUGGAGAAAUCCUAAAAUUAUUGAAAAACGGUCAAUUAAAGGGUUGUCCAUUUUGCUUCAGAUAUUUUGAGAAAGUCAUUUUUUAAAUAUCAAAUAUCUCUAUUUUUUAUAUGGAGAGGAGAAAAACCAUUAAUAUAUUUAGUAAAGUUGUCAGAUUUCCCUGAAGUUGCCCAUAGAAAGCGUGCGUUGUGGUGCGACGUUAGAACUUUUGCUAUUUAACAGCCGUCGUUAGUUUACGAGUUACUUUAAAAGUAUCAUGUAACAGUGGAUAAAAUAAAUUCUUGUGCAAAAAAUGGUGAAAAAAGUGUACAUACAAGGAAUAAAUCACGGAUGCUGUAAAAAGGCCUCAAGAUGUAUUUUACUACAUGACCACAAAACUUCCUUAAAUAAAUUAAGCCCAAAAUAUUGCUAUUACUGUGUGAAAUAUCUACUAAUGUUACAAACUGGAAUUUUGCGCCGAGAAGACAAUGAACAUUUUGUAAGUCUAUCUAAAUACCAAUAAUUUUCAGCACGACAACAUGUCGACCUGUCAAUCUGUCAAUCUACGCUUAUGCUUUGUAUUUCGUUUUACUGUUAACUGAAAUAAGCAAAUAGGAGUUGUUUUUACAAUCAUUUUUUAAAAUAAUUGCAUAUUAGCUUAUUACAAAGGAUUUAUUGAUGUUUUUCUAGGAAAUAUUUUUUGCUGUUACAAAGUGUCGAAGGGAUAUUUGUUUUGCAAAGACUACUUUUGCUAACAUACAGUAACCGAAUUCUAUUAGAAAACAAACAUGGUUUGAACUGACACAUAAAUAAUAUAUUAUGCAUAUUGUUUGGUUUAAUCAUAAUGUUGAAUUAUUCUAAGGGGCAAACCUCAUGAUGUAUAAAACAAUAACAUCGUUCUAGAAAAAAGCUUACCCACCAUUUUUUCUGCGUGACUAAGAAACACAUUUCUGUACAUAAAAUGCAUUUUUCAGACACUGGUUAUGUAUUGUUAUCAAAAUCGCUGUUUUAUCCAAACUUUAAAUGUAAGUAUCAGGAAUAACGUACGUAUUGAACUUGUACAAAGCUUCAUUAAUGGAGUAAACUCUGCAUCUAUUUUUCUCUAAAAAACUUUCCUGGUGUUUUAAUUGCAUCUUAUUUACCAUAUCAAUGCGCCUAGCGAUAUUGCAUGUGAAAACAACUGUACGAAAAGUCAACUCAUAAGCUCGAGAUAACGGAAUUGGUUUAAUUAAUUAGUGAAGAUGUAUGUAGUAAUCAAGACAAACAUACAUAACUUAUUGAAGUUAUUCAAAUUAACAUAAACUUACAUAGUAUGUGUGUGUAUGUGUGCGUGUGCGUAUGCGUGUGCGUGUGUGUUCGGGUUUAAUCUUACAUAGUAGGUGUAUCAUCCUAUCAGCUUAUAAAUGACUGUCUAAGGUCUAUUUAACAAUUUGUGAUAAACAACAUUCUAGAACAGAAUAACUGUCGUACAUAGGCAUGGUGCAUUUUACAAAUCACAGAGUUAACAUAAACUAAAGUUUCUGGCAUUAAAACGGGUUUGUUUUUAGCUGCAAGAGUAAAAUCUACUUGUACCAUGCUCAGCAACCUAACACACUAAAAAUAGAUAAGUGAUACCUUUUAACCUUCAUAUGUUAUAAUAGAAUAGCUUAGAUCAUUCAGUGUUUGCCAUGUCUAUCAAGUUAGAGCCAUGGUUAAUGCCACAUUGUUUAUUUGAAUCAGUUUCUUUAUACUCUGCACGUGGAAUUCCAUUAUUACUAAAUACCAAACCUUAAUUCUGUUGGAUUAUUUUUCUGUGCCAGAUAUUUUUACAGAGACUAAAAAUGAAAGGAAUUUAGAAAACAAUUAACAUCAGUCAGGAGGUAUGCCCCUUUGAAUUUCCCAUGAAUUACAUGUUAUUAUAUUUGCUAUAGACCAUAUUAUAGUGUACUCUUCGUAUUUGUAUUAGUAUAAUAAAAAUAUUAUCCA